GAGGCAUCGCCCUAGAUAACGGUAGAAACGCGCAGUGGUGUCGCGUUGUCUGUUCUCGCGAGAGUGCGAAAAUCGAGCGGCGGGGGUUACAGGAAGGCAGAAGAAGGCGGCGGCAGAGAGGCGCGUCCGUCCGCGUAACAGCGUCGUCCUCGUCGUCGUCUCCGUCGUCGUCCGCGAGCGAGUCGAUCGAUCGAUCGGUUCGCACCAGUGCCGAUAUCGGCGCCGAGACACGAGAGCAAAAACGCGAGAGAGCGGCGACGAGAGAAGAAGCCCCCCGGUGUGGCUACGUACAUACGCGGCGUGCGACUCUCCAAUUCGUUCGGCCAGUGCGGGUAUUAAUCGGACACUCUCGUAUCUCUCGGUCGUUUCGUUGGUUAGUGGCUGGCUCUCCGCGACUCGUCGGUUCGGUCCCCGAGAGCGUUCACAGCGAGAGAGCGAGGAACGGACAUAUCGGCUUUCUUUCUACACGCGGGCUCUCCAUGAACUCGUGACAGUGUGGCGACGGAGAAGCGCGGCCAGAGCCGAGUGGAGUUGAGUUAGAGCGAGCCGGGUCAGGUAGUAGCGCGGCUAAUCGCCGGGAAAUCUCAGCCGAGGAGACGAAGAAGAGGCGGACGAAAGGCGAAACGAGAGGAGACGAUCGGGGCGCGCGUGAGAGACAACGAAGGCGUGAAAGGAAGAGAAAGAGAGAGAGAGGAGGAGAGGGAACGAGAGAAAGAGAGUAAGACACACAGGGAGUAAGAGACUGCGUGCGUGUGUGUGUGUGGUGCGCGCCCGAGAGCCGCCGAGCCGACUUGCGCGAGCGACAGAGACGGAAAAAGAGAGAGAACAGCCGCGGAGAGAGAGGAGGCAGAAGAAUUAUCGAGUAAACCCGGGAGAUACUGUGUUCCGCGAACGAAGCGUGGGGCUUUCAGGAGGCACGAGAGAGGAGAUCCAUCUCACUGAGAGCAAAUCGAAGCAAAACGUGGCGGAUUCGGUGACCCCUCGACUGUGACCAGGCGCACAGGCAGUAGAUAGGGCAAGGAAAUGCGUGAAUAUAAAAUAGUAGUGCUGGGCAGUGGAGGUGUAGGCAAGUCUGCCCUCACUGUCCAGUUCGUGCAAGAAAUCUUCGUAGAGAAGUACGAUCCGACGAUCGAGGACAGCUACCGCAAGCAAGUCGAGGUCGACGGCCAACAAUGUAUGUUAGAAAUCCUAGACACAGCCGGCACAGAACAAUUCACAGCCAUGAGGGACCUUUAUAUGAAAAACGGACAGGGCUUCGUAUUAGUAUAUUCGAUAACAGCACAAUCGACCUUCAACGAUCUGCAGGAUCUCAGGGAGCAAAUCCUCCGGGUAAAGGACACAGAUGAUGUACCGAUGGUACUAGUAGGCAAUAAAUGCGACCUGGAGGACGAGAGGGUAGUAGGGAAGGAUCAGGGUGUCAACCUUGCCCGGCAAUUCAACUGCGUGUUUAUGGAGACCUCUGCCAAAGCUAAAAUUAAUGUUCGCGACAUUUUCUACGACCUGGUACGGCAAAUAAACAAGAAGUCGCCAGAGAAGAAGAUGAAGCAGAAAAAGAAAUCGCUGUGCCUACUUCUGUAAGGUAGAUAUGGCAGAGCCCAUACUCUCCUACAUGAAAAAUCCGAAGAUACCAGUGGAAAGAAAAAAAAAAAGAUAAACAAGAAAAACAAGAUCGGGGCGGACACAAGAUGAAAAAAAAAA